AUGGAGCCCGCCGCCGCCUCCACUAUGACACCUAGCAGCUCUAGCUCCCGGGCCUCCCUGCACCUCAUCAUCGCCGAGUCCCCCAACCGCAGCUCCCAUCUCUCUCCAGGAAAAGAUGCCACUCAGCGCGACGCGAGGGAUUCUGUCAACGCCAACACCUCGUCUCGCAGCCCUCCCUCCUCUCCUCCUCCUCCCCCCCGUACCCCUUCUCCUCCCUGGAAAUACGCCCCCAUCAAGAAGCACGUCACCUCUGCAGAACUCUACCGUUUGAUGAUGGCCGACGUCCCGACGUCCCCGCGUCCCGAGGCUGACCAGCCCGCCCCGUCGUCUUCGUCGUCAUCCUUGCAGCACCAGAAAUCUGCCCUCGGCGGUAUCUCAUCCGACACCAAGCCUGGCGCCGACGUCGCAACCACGAUCCCCGCCCCCGGCCCUGCCUCCCCUAACGCAGACGCAGACGCAGACGCCGCGGCCGAAGGCGAACCAGAUGCUGAACCCGUCGCGCCGAAACUCGAUCCCGCCGGCUUCUUCACCCUCGUCUCCAACUCUACAGCCAACUCGACGCACCACCCGACUGUCAAGUACAUCUUCCUCGACGACGACCCGGACACCCUCACGACCGCCCUUGCGGCCCACCACUCGGCGAAUCAGAUCCCGACACCGUCCGCCUCGACGUCCAAGCCCGGCUCCGCCAAGGCCCCGGCCCCAAACCCCGCCAACCGCGCUGUCCUCAUCGACGUCGUCCCCGGCGCUGACGGCCAGUGGAAGGUCUCCUCCGCCGCCAGCCUCAGCGCCGACUUCGCCGUGACGGACGCCAGCAUCGCCCGCCAGGAAGGCGAGAGAGAGGGCGGCCUGGUCCUCAAGAUCGACGGCGUCGAGAAUGAGAGUGGCGGCGGUGGCUCGGGCGCGGCGAUCGGUGAUAGAGACAGGGACAGGGACCGCGCCGAGAGCCUUCCCAGCUCCAGCAGCGCCGUUGCCAGGUCCGGCGGCGACGAGUACGGGCCCCUCCUCGAGGACUUCGAGCGCAGGAUGAACGUGCUUCGGCGGGUCGUCAAGGCGGGCGAGGGCCGGGCCGAGAAGGCGCGUGAGAACAAGUACGAGCCUGGGGCGGUUGAGCCCAAGAAGGAAACAGAGGAAUGA